AUGGCAGAUCCCACGGAUCUGAACUUGGACGCGCCGAGCGAUCUCCAAGACAUCCCAGAGAUGUCGAUGCAAUUGCUCCCUCCCCCCGAAGGGACAUAUCCCGACAACGGAAUCGCUCACGUGUGGUGCAACUUCCACUCCACCAGAGCGACCUUACUGGCAGCCGUGUCGGCGCACGGCAAAGCGCAUGGGUACAAUAUCGUAGUCAAGUCGUCGAGUACGCCCACGGACAAGAAACCCGGGCGAACCGCCAAGGUCUGGCUCCGGUGUGAUCGCGGCGGCCACUACCGUCCGCGGAAUGGUCUCACGGAGGAGACCAGGAAGCGGCGGCGAACGUCGCGGCUGAUGGACUGCCCGUUCAUGCUAGUUGCAGCUGGAACUCCUGGCAUCUGGACGCUGACGGUCCUGAACCCCACGCACAACCACGGCCCGAUUGUCGAGAAACCCCGACAGGUGCCUCAUCAUAAGGUGCGCAAGGGUCAGAUUGCGGCCGUACCGUACGAUUGGCCGCACGAUGCCACCUUGACCCCCUAUACCACGGCGUUAGUAAUCAUCGACAUGCAGAAGGACUUCUGUUCCCCGGGUGGAUACAUGGAGUACCAGGGCUAUGACAUCUCCGCUAAUCAGGCGCUAAUCCCGAGACUCCAACAUCUCUUGAACGCCUUCCGUGCGGCCGGGUUCCCCAUCUACCACACCCGCGAAGGCCAUCGCCCCGACUUGUCGACUCUGUCAAGCCGCGAGACCUACCGAUCCCGGAAUAAUGCCUCCGGGCUGGGGAUCGGGUCGCCUGGCCCGCUGGGCCGGCUGCUGAUCCGCGGCGAGGUCGGCCAUGACACGGUGGACGAGCUGUAUCCCAUCCCUGGGGAACCUGUGAUCGACAAGCCCGGGAAGGGGGCAUUCGCGCAUACGGAUUUCGAGCUCAUUCUGCGCAACCGCGGGAUCAAGAACCUGGUGAUCGCCGGCGUGACGACAGACGUGUGCGUGGCCACGACCAUGCGUGAGGCCAACGACCGGGGGUUCGACUGCGUGGUCCUCGAGGACGGCACGGCGGCCAGCGAGCCGUCGCUGCACGUGAGCACGAUCGAGUCGGUCAAGAUGGAGGGAGGCAUCUUUGGGGCGGUGACCAAGCUGGAGGAUGUCGUGCAUGCCGUGGAGAAUUUCAAGGCCGUGACUGUGAAGAAGCUGGCUCCGCAGAUGGCAGUCUAG